UAAAAUUAUAGAUAAAAUUAAAUAACGAUUUAUUCGUAGAACUAAAUUUAUAUGUUAUUAAAUUAAAAUGAAUCCUACCACUCGUUCAUUGGCUGAUUCUGAAAAAUCAAGUUCAUAUCGAUUAGAUGGUAACAUAAUCGUUUCUAAGCAGAUAGAAACAGAAUUGGAUGUAUUAUGUAUAACUUAUACGGAAACAUUUGAAUUUUUGGCGGCAGGAUUAACCGAUGGAACCAUACAAUUGUAUAAAGCUAAUACCGGUGAAAAAGCUAAAUCUCUUCGUGAUACUGAAAUUAUACAAAAUCCUGGAUCAGUAACGGCUGUCAAACAUAGACCUGUUCGAAAAACACAUCCGAUAACUAACACUCUAAUCGCUACUUAUGUAAAUGGAUGCAUCAAAUGUUGGCAUUAUCCAAGUUCACAAUGUCUCUACACGAUAAGGGAGAAAAGACAAACAUUAGGUUUAGCUUAUCAUCCUAAUUUGCCAAAAUUUGUAACGGUUGGCGAUGAUACAAACGUCUGUUUGUACGACGAAGAAACAAAAAUUCAGGAAAGGGUGUUUCAUGCGAGUGAAACACUGGACGCAAUAGACGGACACAAGUCUCGAGUAUUUGCUGCCUGUUUUAAUCCAAAAUCAGCGCACGAGAUAAUAACCGGUGGUUGGGACGACACCGUAAUGUUUUGGGAUACUCGACAACCAUACGCUCUUCGUCAUAUAUCGGGUGUUCACAUGUGCGGAGAUGGCCUUGAUAUAAGUCAGAAUGGAAAAGAUAUCCUGACAUGCGCUUGGCAAAGAAAAGAUCCCAUUCAGUUGUGGGAUUAUGGAAGUGGCAAACUCAUAACAAGUCUCGAUCCUGAUAACUUAUCUUCCAUGCUCUAUUGUGGAAACUAUAUAAGUAAUCUUUUUAUUGCAUGCGGAGGAACGGAUGCAAAUUUAUUUAGAAUCGUUGAUCUGCGUUCUCACUCCACCUUGGCAAUGGUGAAAAAUUUGUCUGAAGGUGUCUACAAUAUGGCACUUGGACCGAUCGAUACGAAAUAUGCGAAAAGAACGAAACAACCAGAAGCGCAUUUGCCCAAACUCGCUUUCUGUUCCGGUACAACAAUUUUCGAAAUUAAAAUCCAAUUGAAUUGAUUUUCACCUGUCAAGGUGUCAAGAUUUAUAUGUUUCGCGCGAAUAAUUAAGGAACAAAAGGUACACAUACAUACUCUCCACCAUCUCUGAUCUUUCUCAAGCAAUAAACAAUGUAUUUUAUUUAAUACAAACUAUGGUACAAAAUUUACACAGAACAACGCACGGUUUUCUUUUUAUUAUUAUUAUUAUUUUUUUUUCUUUUUUUUUUUUUCUUUUUUUUUUCUUUUUAAAUCUUUUUUUCUUUUUUUCUUUUCUCCACAUUAUUUCUCCCACACGUUAAAAUAACGCGCAUGUGGAUAAUGAUACGCACAAUUUCUCGUUUAUUAAACGCACACACUUAAGCGGAUGAUGGACAGUGAACGUAGGAGGAGCGAGGAAGUAAUCAAAAUGAGGGGGGAGGUGGUGGGAAUUACUUUAGGAAAGUAUUUUACGAAGGGACUGAAUGUAAGGAACCGUGAGGAGGAAGGGAGGGAGGAAUGAGAGAAUGAGGGGGGUGAAAAUGAUGAAAUAUAGAUUAAUUAGUUUGAAAAUGUUGGGACACAUCGAUUCGCGAGAAAUACAAACUUACUUACUUACUUGAUAUUCGAGGAGGAAAUUUUUUUUUCGAUAGACUCGAAAAAUGGCCGACUCUCUCUAUCUCUAUUUUAUUUUAUUUUAUUUUAUAUUUCUUUUUUUCUUUUAUUUGGCGCUAGGAUUACACGCUUAUAAAGAGAAGUUUUGCUCGAACACGCUUAGAGAGCAAGAACGCGCGCGCGUUGUUUUUUUUCUUUUCCAUAAUUUUUGUUUUGUUUUGUUUUUUUUUUCUUAAAAAGACGACGCUCGAACGACGAGUACCUAAAUCAUUUUUUUUCUUCUUCUUCUUCUUCAUUUUCUAUUACGACAUUUUUUUUUUAUCUUCUUACAUUCGAAUUUUCGAUUUCUAUAAUAAAGCUAUACUAAAAAUAUAAUUGAACAAACAAAUUAUAAUGAUCGUUGGAAAGAGAGGACACUCUCGUUAUUUAAAAAAAAAAAAAUAAAAAAAAAAAUAAAAGAAAAUAAAAUAAAGAAUAUUAAAAAGGAACUCUCUCUCUCUUUCUUUCUUUUUCUUUCUCUUUCUACGACGUGGUGGCAUUCAUUUCAAAAUCCUCGUAGAACGAGUUUACUUAAUUAGACUAUAAUAAUAAUUAACUUUUCUAGCUGAAGUGGGAGGAGGGACUUUGGAGUGAACUUGAAUUUUUUACUUUCUUUAUAUCUCUUUCUCGCUCUCUGCUAUAGUUAUCGCAUAUCGAUUGGCCUAAAACGAUCUUCUCGACGAGCUUCUUUUUAUUUAUUUGGUUGAAAAAAGUCGUACGGUAAUAAAAUAUAUUUAUACACGGUAAUCGUAGUGCGCUUCUGUAAAAUUACGAACAUUGGCAUUACGCUCCUGCAAAAUAGUCGCGUUGUUCAUCGAAGAGUAAUAUGUUAUGUUAUAUGUUAUGUAUUGUAUGUAUGUAUGUAUGUAUUUUUAUAAAAAAUUAGUCGUCAAUAUGCGAUAAAACUGUGAUGUGGAUAUCGCACACAUUAUGAUCUUCUUUCUUUUUAUAAUUAAUUUAUUUGUAUUUGUAAUUUGUGUGUAUAUUUUUACUAUUAUUAUUAUUAUUAUUAUUAAUUAUUAUUAUUAAUUAUUAUUAUUAUUAUUAUUAUUUUUCUUCUUAUUCUUCUUCAUUAUCAUUUGUUCAAAAUCUAAACUCUCAAUAGCGUCCCGAUCUCGAGAUAGAUGACUUUCCUCGUUUGUCGAAAGGGGGGGAGGGGUGAAUGGUGGAUGGAAAAAUGGGGGAGAA